AUGGUUUAUUUAUCUGAUUUUGAACGGAUAACAUUUUUUGAACAUUUAUGCGCCGUGUACAAGUUGCAGCACAUGGCUCAUCUAACAAGUGCCAUUUCCCUGUCAACAGUUGAGAUGCUGAAGCCAGGCAACACGGUGAUCUUCCGCAACGCCAGGAUCGACAUGUUCAAGGACACGAUGAGGCUGGCGGUGGACAAGUGGGGCCUGAUCGAGGUGGUCGAGGAGCCCGCUGACUUCAAGGUGAACGAGGACAACAACAUGUCGGAGAUCGAGUACGAGCUCGUGAACGUGCCGCCGAAGAAGCAGGAGCGUAAGAAGUGA